AUGCUUUACCGAUCAACAAUUUCAACCCGGUUAGUCAAAAGGUAUAAAUACACUCAAUUAUCUCAAUUAUCAACUAUACAAUCAAUCCAUUCAAUCCAUUCAUCAUCCAAAAUGUCUUUACAAAUUAAUGAAUUACAAUCAUGGCAAUCCCAAUUAGAUAAUGAUCCUCAAUAUAAAUUAGCUUAUUCAACUUUACAACAAUUUAACGUUGAUGAUGCAUUAAUUAAUUCUCAACACAAGAUUCCAAAUGUUUUCACUCAUGUUAUUGAUGUUGAAGGUUCACCAAUAACAAAUCAAAAAUCAAGUGGUAGAUGUUGGUUAUUUGCAGCUUUAAAUAUCCUUAGAAUCCAAGGUAUCAAAAAUUUAAAUUUAAAAGAAUUACAAUUAUCACAAAAUUAUUUAUUCUUUUAUGAUAAAUUAGAAAAAUCAAAUUAUUUCUUAGACAAGAUUAUUGAAACCUCAGGGGAAGAUGUUAAUUCAAGAUUAAUUCAAGAAUUUUUAACAUCACCAACAAAUGAUGGUGGUCAAUUUACAAUGUUUUUAAAUUUAAUUGAAAAAUAUGGUAUUGUUCCACAAGAUCAAUAUCCUGAUGUUUAUUCUUCAACUGCUUCAAGAAAAUUAAAUGAAUUAAUUACAACUAAAUUAAGAGAAUUUGCAGAAAUCUUGAGAGAUUUGAAAAACAAGGGUGAAAAUGAAUCAAAAAUCCAAGAAAUCAAAUCCAAUCAAAUUAAAGAAAUUUAUAAAUAUUUAACAAUAUUCCUUGGUACACCACCUUCAACAUCUACCGAAUUCACAUGGGAAUAUUAUGACAAGGAUAAAAAAUAUCAAUCAUUAACAACAACCCCAUUAAAAUUCUUACAAGAUUAUAUUAAAUUUGAUUUUUCCAAACCAGUUUCAAUCAUUAAUGAUCCAAGACAUGAUUAUAAUACAAAAAUUAAAAUUAAUCACUUGAAUAACGUUUCAGGUUCAACUCGUGAUGUUGAAUAUUUAAACUUGGAUAAUAAGACAUUAUCAAACUUAAUCAUCAAUAGAAUUAAACAAAAUAAACCAGUUUUUUUCGGUUCUCAUACCCCAAAAUUCAUGAAUAAAAAAAAAGGUAUCAUGGAUAUUGAUCUAUUCCAAUAUGAAUUAAUCGGAUUCAACAAGAAUCAAUCCAAAAAAUCAAGAGUUAUUUAUCAUGAAUCUUUAAUGACUCAUGCAAUGUUAAUAACUGGUGUUUCAUUAAACUCCCAAGGUGAACCAACCAGGUAUAGAGUUGAAAAUUCAUGGGGGAAAGAUAGUGGUAUUGAUGGAUAUUAUAUAAUGACUCAAGAUUAUUUUGAACAAUAUUGUUAUCAAAUUGUUGUUGAUUUUGAUGAAAUUUCUCAGGAACAACAAAGUUUGUUAAAGAAGGAUCCUAUUGUUUUGCCACUUUGGGAUCCUAUGGGUGCUUUAGCCUUGUGUGGUAGGGAAUAG